CCGCGGGAGCGGGGGCGGGUUUAUGGCGGCGGCUCUGUCCGCGCUCGCUGCCAGGCUCUCCCAGUCGGCCGCGGCCAGGUCCUACGGCGUGUUCUGCAAGGGGCUCACCAGGACCCUCCUCAUCUUCUUCGACCUGGCCUGGAAGCUCCGCAUCAACUUCCCCUACCUCUACAUCGUCGCCUCCAUGAUGCUCAACGUGCGGCUGCAGGUCCAUAUUGAGAUCCAUUGACUUGUGACUUGGUGUGCUGCUUCUGCUGUAUGCUGCAAUUAGAGUCAGUCACAUUCUUCUUCAAACCCAGCCUGUUGUGAAGCAACAAAGCUGUGCUCGUGUGCUCUAGGACUAUGAAGAAAGAAGAUUUUACCCAGAAACGAGUAUGUGACAAUGGCCCAGAUCAUCACAAGCCAGCAGCUCAUCUGACACACAUGCAUUCCAUGUUGGACAGUUCUCAAAAUCACAGCAGCAGUUUACAAGAAUUAUAUAACACCAGGAAUUGUUCUCUCUUUAAUACUAUACCUCUGUCUUCUGUUGGCAAGGAAAUGCCUCUGAGUUUCAGUGAAUCAGCAGGGACGAACUCAAGUGCAGCUGCUCCUUGGAAGGAUUCAUUUCAUCUGCAUUUUUCUUCUGGGAAAGACAGUCUCAGUAGGGUUUCUCACUGCAUUGGUGGCAUUUCAGUAACAGGCUGGCUGGAAGAAGCUUGUAGCAUUUCUGGAGACUUCAGCUCAUGCUGCCCAGGAGACAACUUUGUAUGUUUUGCACAAUUCUGGCUGGGAAAUUUGCAGUAUAAUAAAAACCUGUUGUUUCUGGAAUUAGAAAUGAGCAGUAGCAGUAGCAAAGAGAACGAAUUGCAGUUUGUAUUUUUUAAAGCAUUGCAGCUGGGUGGACUUCCUGAUCCCUGUUCUAAUCCAGCUGCCUCUCUGAACAAAUCUGCUGUGGGACUCUCAAACAACCAGAAACGACGUUUUUUUCUUUGUUGCUUAAACCUUGUAUCUUCAGAGCAAACACUUGGAUAUGAGCAAAUGCUUUUGAAUAUACAAUAUGUGACUAAUAAUUUUCACAUCAUACAGCUAGUAAUCUCUGUGCUAGCUUUUGCACUAGCAGGUCUCUGGUAUGCAGUAGUGAAGGUAAUAAAGUACUGAGAUUUUAAUAACUACUAUUUUUAAUAUUAGCAGAAAAUAAGAGAGACAAGGUUACAGUUCAGGUUUUAGUGAGAAUUAGCUGAAGUAAAAGCUAUAGUUGCUAGUUAAACUGGCUGUCGGAAGAAUAGGGACUUUUUAUGUAAGGAAUAGCUGCAUCUGAGUGUAAAGAACUUCAUAAUCUUCAGACUCUGGGACUUCUGCAGGUCUGCUAUUAACACUAAACUAGAACCCAAUUUGAUUAGCACAGAUCCUUUGUUUUCUAUAGAGUUUGUAUUAGUGGAGUGUUCUGGCUAUUACUAUUUAUACCCAUUUCCAAGGGAACUUGUUUCUUGUAGAGUUGAAUUCCUGCUCUGAAUCCAACAGCAGCUGAUGUAUCAGACCUUAGAACAUUUUGAACUGGAAAGCUGUUGGGAGGGUGGUCUUCAAUACAGCAUAAUUCUCAGCAGUGUUCCUUUCCAAGGAAGGUACUGCCCUAAUUUAACAGUAUCUUGUGAGCUUUACUGUGCUACAAUAGACACUGUAAACAACUUUCUAAAUUUUUUUCCUUGAAAAAGUGACUGUUACAGCUGAAGUACAGUAAUAACUUCUGGGCCUGUUGACUUUGGCUUUGGGACAGGCUUCUGACAACGAGGUUUGCCAAAGAACAGGGCAAGAAUGCUGGAAUCCAUAGAGCUGCUGGUGAAUAGACUCCUGUUGGCACUUCAGUGGAGGAACUCAUUGUGCAGUAGGUCAAACUUUGAACUCAAUGUCCAAAAUUCUCAGCAGGAGCAUUGCUGUAGAUCAGCUUAAUGUGUUCUAAGGGUUCACAUAAAGAGGGAGGUAUUGGUGUGUGGAUUAGGAUGCAUUUUCAGCUUCCCCUUGACUCUGACUUAAAAGUGAGGACUUAAUGUGGAGUAAAGCAAUGGCAGUGAUUCACACACUAGGUAUCCUUUUUGCCAGCUGGUCUUGCUUCAUCUUGGGAGGAGAGGAAGUGAUGUUGCAUUUAGUUUGAACUGAAUUUACCUGGAAAGCCAGUAGAGUUUCCAGUGUGGUAGUAACCGGACUGUUAGCACACAUAUAUAGAGAAGUCCUUGAUUAUGAAGAUGAGAUGCUGGUUAUUAGUCUUAGGGAGAGAAGUGUUGAAAUUUUUAAGUCUUACUUGAGUGCUGAAAAUAAGAUCUAUUACUUUUUAUGUUAAGUGAUAUGCUGUGUGUUCAUGAUCUCCAUUGGCUGAUGGUUUCUUUUGAAUGCUAAGAGAUGAAAAGCCACUUACUUUGAUUUAGAAAAUAACUUUUCUCUGGUGUGCAUUUAAAUGUUUAACUUGUGGACUUUUGACCAUGCAAUUACCUGUCACAAAGUGACCGAAAGCCCCAAAAUAAUUCUGGAUUAUGUAUUGUAAGUCAUUCCAACAGCAACAGUUCCUUCUUAAUGAAGCCACUCACUCUCAUUUCCACUGCUGGAAUUCAUCAGCCUUGUAGUGGGUGGUAUUGACACAAGUUAACACGUGGUGUUGCAGGGCUAUGAAAUUCCUGAAGUUGUGUGGAUCUGACAGCCCAGAACACCAGAAAUGAAGACACUUCUCCAAAUGUCUGUGGCUUGGAGUUACGGUGUUAAGCUGCUGUCUGCCUGUAUCUUGACCCAAAAAAAACACUUGGCAGAGCUGAGGGCAGAGGAAUGAAGGCAGGGAGGGGUUGGAGCUUGUUUAAGCUGGCUUGAUUGCUAAAGACAGCGUUGUGCAACUCCAUGUUAACCUCCAAGCAGCUCCAUGGGUACAGCCAUACCCUCCCUGUAUGGUGAGCUUUACCUUAAGAUGUUCAUGAACACAGUCCUGCAACCAAAACUUGAGUGCUUGGGCUGUUCAAAGGAUCAGUUGGCACAGCUGUACCUGCAGUUGUUACUUGAGACCUUGUUUGUGCAGCUGACUGGUUUGGCGUGGAACAUUCUCUGCUGUAUGUCAUUUGGGAACUACAUGUUUAGGGAACCAUAGUCCUAUACAAGAACUUGUAGGUGAGAUUAUCAGGUUAAUAGGCAAGAGUAAAGGCAUAAAAACAUCAAUCCAGUUUUUAAUGCACCUUUUUCUCAUAGUGAUUUCAAAGUGGGGGGAAAAGAAAACAUGAGAGACACCACCAAUAAACUACAACUUAAAUGUGUGUACAGCAGAGUGCCAAGGGUUUUCUCCUGAUCGAUGACAAGCCCCUGGAGGAGGAGAUAUUGGAAUAUUGAAUUAUGUUACAUAUCACAGUCCAGCUAAUACAGUCCUGUUUUAAACAAAGUCUUGUCUGAGUGCGUGGCCUUUCAUCACUUAUUACAGGAUCACCUUAAAUACAAUACAACUAAGUGAAAUUAUGGAUGUUUGUUGUGUAUUAUAUGUAUAUUGAACAUAAGAUACAAAGAAUACUGAAGUAAGUGGAUUUAAUCCAUUUUAAGAUAUAUUAUGUACCUUGCCUUGAAUUUUACUGCUUAAAACCUAAAAGGUAAUUUUAACUUGAACAUUCCUUCUGAAAUUCAAAUAAAGCAUAGUUUGGUAUGUUAAAAUCUCAUGUAAUAUACUGCACUUUAAGCCUGGGGAGGCCGUGGAUGGAAAGCGCUGUUCUUGCACUAAUAGAACUGCCUGCCCUGACUGAGACAACGUUUGCUUUUCCUGUCUGGAGGGAGAAUAGGGAACCUGAAGGAUGGCAUCCAUCCUUUGAAACUACAGAUAAAUCUAACGCUAUAUGGUUUUGGCCACUGUUCUCUUCCUACAGAUGUUUUGAUAUUAACUCAUCUCCGAAGAUGGAAGGUGUCUUGGCCAAGAACCAGUUUGUGUGGAGUUUCAUGGCUUCACUAUGUCCCAUGUGGAAAACUUGCCUGAGUUAAUGUGCUAUUAGGGCUGUCUCAGAUGAUGAUGAUAGUACAGAAAACAGCAUUCUUAGAAGGGGUAAGGGACCUUUAUACUCAACCAGGAGUUGCCUUCAUAUUUCUGUAUUUUUGUCUCUCAUCCUUCUCUAGGAAGAGGUUAUUUCUAAGCAAAAUGUCAGGGUUCUACUAAACAACUUGUGCUAUCUGAAAUUUCAUUGUUUAAUGUCCAGAUCCUUCCUGCACUACAUAGCAAAGUUUUAUUUCUGCCAUUAGAAAAUAAAUUUUUAAAAAUACUCAAUAUAUAGAGAAUUUCCUAGUAGUUACACUUGAGUGAAAAUUUACUAUACAGUGUACUGCUUUGAAAAGAAAAUAUACUUUAAAAUGUGUGUGCACAGAGCUCUGCAUGUAGAUAAAAAGUGUUUUACCACAGUAUGACGUUGGGAUGCUUAUGCAAAUGCUUAUUUACUUUCUGACAUUGCAGUGCAAAAUGCUGUAGAGAUGGUGGUGUUACUUCUCCGUGUGGUUUUAGCCAGUGCAAUCUCAGCAACCGUGUGUCUGCAUCAUCCUGCACAGGGGACAGUUCUAGCUGUAGACAUUUUUGAGCCUUUUGCUUUUUCAGUGUUGGGUUUGGUUUUGAUGUUGUUUGAGGUUUGGUGGUUUGCUGUUUGUUUGUUUCUGGUUUAUUUCUCUCUUUUUUUUAAGUUAUUUUUAGGACUAUAAAGAGAGCACUUUCUUAAACUUUGCCAAAGUUUGCUUCCUUUCUCCUCCUCUCCUCUUCUGCCCCUUAUAGGUUAACACAUUUAAUUUUUUGGAAGAAGCAAGCCUUCAUGUACUCUCCUAAUAUAUCAUCUUAUUGUCUUUUGUUUUUAUGGCCUGGUCAUGCAUAUAUUUCUCUCCCUAUAAUUUCUCAGCAUAAACAUAUGCUGAUAGUUUGUUCCACCUCAGAAACAUUGUCCUGUAAUUAAUUAUGCAUAACAAAUGGACAGAAAACAUGUAGAGAUGUAAGAGUCCAUAAUCUCUCAUUAGGGUGUAUGACAGCUGGUAUAACUGAGAGAGCAAUAUGAAAUCAAUGUGACAUAUUUCUGCUUUUUUUUCCUCUUCAAAACAGCUGCUUUAAUUAAAAUCCAAUAUUUAAUUUGAGUAUGUGAUAGCUCUGACAGCUGAGAAUUGCAGCUAGAAUCUGAGGCUUAAAAAACCAUUAAGGUUAGAACUUAAUUUAACUUUUCAAAAAAUUGAGUGCAUUCACAUGAAUAACAUGAAUAUUUUGAAUUUAUUUUUUUCCCCUAAGAGUACACAGAAUAAAAUGUGUUCUGCCACUUGUUUUUCUGAUGCACAGCCAGUAACUGAGGCGGGGGGAGAACCCUUUUUAGACUGCAGAGCCUCUAAUCUUCAAGGAAGAGCUGCACUUGAUAGAAAUUUAAAAUAAGCCAAAUGUUGCCUAUGAGAAUACUGAUAUUUAUGAUCAACUGUUAAAUUACAAGGUCACAGAUAUCAAACUCUUGACAGCGCGAAAACAAGAGUAAUAAAUACAGAAGUCCUAGAAUAAUGCUAUCCUUUACCAGACUGCACUGGUAACAGCAAAUCCUAUUGUACUUUGAAAUUAAUCCUAUACUGCAUCCCAAAAAUCUCAAUUGUCUUAGUCUUUCUGGAAUUAGUGAUAUAACAUGGUUAUUUCAUUGUUAAUGAUGAAAUAAAUUUAAAAGCUAGAACAUUUUAGAAAAUGACUAGGGGGACUUCCACAAAGAAAAUCUGCUUUGAAAAGAUCCAUUUUAUUUGUGUGAUCUUUAUAUGGGUAUAGUCUGUUUUGCAAAUUCUUUCCUUCUUCAUGGAAGAUUGGUAUAAACCUGGUAGCAAAAGUGGUCAAACCCCAAACUUGCAAAAGUAUCUGCAUUUAAUUUUGUUUGUAGUCAAUUUUAGCUAUUAUCAAACAUAAUACCGAAAUGUAAUUUAAGCUUUUAUUCUUAAAACUAGGGAAAUUGAAUAUUUAGUGCCUGAUUCAUCACUUGAAGCUGAGUGAAACCAUUUCUUGAAAAUGGGUUCUGCUACCUGAUGGUGACUAAUUUUCAAUGCUGAUACAAUACUUCCUGUAAACUGUGAUGUCAUCCCUACAGAAAAAAUUUAGCCUAUGGCCUUUGUCUGUGGCCCUAUUUUUAUUCUUAUUAUUUUAUUGCAAUGUGGGAGGUGGAGGCUGGCACAAACCAUUUUUUUUGUUUUGUUUCGUUCCAGAGAAAUAUGUUUACAACUUUGUAUGUAUUUUAAAAAUGUAUUGUGACACUUUUAACUUGGGUGAGGAGUUUCCAUAAUAGACCUGAAACGUGAAUAGAGACUUUGGAAUAUCAGGAGUGCUCCCCAAGCUGCCAGAAGCUGUUGCCUGCGAAGCUGCUCACUCACACCACAGGAGGGAGUUCCACAUCAGUCUUUGGAGUAUUUUCAGUUACGGCAUUGUUAGUACAUCUUAGUACAGUGCAUUUCAGUUUGCCUUGUCUUAGGGAUUGUCACUGCAAAUAGGUUAAUGUACAGAAUCAAUACAUAGCGGUCAUGUAUUGUAACUGUUUACAAUUGAACUCAAGAGUACCAAUGGAUGGGUUUUGUCAAGCUAUUUAAAAACAAAUAAAAUUCUUUUUUAAAAGACA